AUGUUUGUCUUUGGCGAAAUUCAAGACCCGCAAAUUGACACCGUCAAUCUAGUGGAGGACAUCAUUCGCAGUCAGCUUGUUGAACUCAUCGUACAGGCACGCGCCCAAGCGAACCGCCGUGGAGUACGCUAUAUCUCCGCCGAAGACCUGAUAUUCCUCAUUCGCCACGACCGUGCCAAAGUCAACAGGCUGCGUACAUAUCUGUCUUGGAAAGACGUUCGGAAGCAUGCCAAGGACUCGAACGCGGACGGAGGUGGUGGCGUGGAGGUGGAGAAUCUGGAAGACGGUGCUGAUGACAAGCUCACGACGAAGGCUCAGAAGAUUACCAUCAAGCUUCCUUGGGAGAUCACGACUAUAUAUUCGGAAGUUUUGAGGCAAAGUGGACAUCAGUCAGACGACGAAGAGGACGAGGACGAUCUCGAGGCUCAAGAAGCGUCUCGCGAGCGCCUCAAAGAAGCGGACGACGUCACCAAACAAAUGACUAGGGAAGAAUACCAACAUUAUUCUGACUGUCGCCAAGCGUCCUUCUCUUACCGCAAAACCAAGCGAUUUCGAGAAUUCUUGAACCUCCCCUCCCAUCUCGACCUGAAGUCCAACGAUGACACAGUCGACAUCGUAGGCUUCCUCGCCUUCGAAAUGGUCCGGUCGCUUACCGUCGCGUCCUUGGAAGUCAAGAAGGCACUCGAAGAGUCUUACCUGCGUGAAGACCACAGCACAUCACCCCUCCUAGGCAAACGCAAGGCCGGCAUGGGCUUGGACUCGCCCAACAAACGUCGGCGAGAAGAGACACCGGACGACGACUCAGAUACGCCGUUACCUGCGUGCUCGCUCUUCAUGCAACCGCCGGAAGCGCGAACCGCGCUGAGGCCCGAGCAUAUUCAGGACGCGUUCGCCAGGCUGCAAGGAGAUUGGUCUACGUCUCGUACUCGGGGUAUGCGAAAUUGGCGCGGCGGUCUUAUCAGGACGAGUGUCAGUCUCAUCUGA